GUGUUCCCGGCCAGGGAGCGCUUCCCCGCCGGCGAACGCGUGUCUUCCAACCUCGCCGUCUCCUUCUCCUCCCACCAGGCCUCCCAAAGCCAUGGCAGCGACGGGGCUCAACGCGUACGCGCGGCCAUACAGCCGCCGCUCCGCCCGCGCCCACCACGCCCCGCCAAAGCCCCACCCUUUCAUGACGCCGGAGCACCACGGCGCCGCCGGCUACCGGCCGCCUUGCCCCCUCGCCGCCAACCACUCCCGCGCCGCCUUCCCCGAGCGCCACUACCCCGGCCCCCUCCCGCCGCGGCCUUUCUUCCGCGAGCACGUCGCCGGGCCGCGUCCUCACCACGGCCGUCCGCGCGGGCCCAUGCUCGACCCCGAGAAGCUGUACGCGCGGGCGGUGCACAGCUUCAACCACAAGCACAAGGCGCGAGCGGCCGCGGCCGGGAAGGGCAAGGGAGGAGGACCCGCGACUCGCGCUCUCCUGCCGGCGGCACCGCCGUGCGGGCCGCGGGGGCAGCGGGGCAGGGGCAGGAGCGAGGUGUACGUGCCGGCCGCGCGCGGCGGAGGGCGGGAGAGGUCGCCGUCGCCGGCGCUGACGAGGCGGAGGGCGUGGCCGGUGCCCCCGCCGGCCUGGGCCUGGCACGGCCGCAGCCGCACCACCGUCAUGAUCCGCAACAUCCCCAACAAGCUCACCCGCCCCUCGAUGAUGAAGCUGCUGGACGACCACUGCGCCCGCGUGAACAGGCGGCGCGGCCCCGCCGCGUACGAUUUCCUCUACCUGCCCAUGGACUUCAGGCAGCGGUGCAGCAACAAGGGGUACGCCUUCGUCAACUUCACGACGGCCGAGGCGGCGCGCGGGCUGCACUACGCCCUGCACGGCCGCGGCUGGCACCGCUCGCUCGGCAGCGCCAAGAUCAUCAACAUCGCCGCCGCCUACAUGCAGGGCCGGCACAGGCUGGUGAGGCACUUCAGCCGCUCCACCUUCGCGUGCCACACCGACGAGUACCUCCCGGCCGUCUUCUCGCCGCCGCGCGACGGCACCGCCGACCCGCCCCCGGCCGAGCCCAGGCACCUCGGCCGACGUGUUCCCCCGCGCGUCCCCGCCGUCCAGCCGGCGCAGCAGCUGGUGUGGGUGCGUCGAGGCGAGGCUAUCGCUAGCCAGCUAGCCACUCCAAGCAUGGUCACCUGAAGUCAAAUGAUGCAAGUUUCUGCUACGCGCGUUCUGUUGGUCCGCUCGCUCGUUCCCGGUGGCGUGGCACGGUCAAGUCCGGAGACCGGAGUCCGGCCAUGCCUUCCCUGCUUUCUUUCCCCUUUGGUGCAACGGCGCGUAGGGGAAGGCUGCCGGAGUUUGGACAUCAGCGUAGCAGCUUUAUCAAGCUGUAGACUGCAGUAGCCCUGUACCGUCUUCUUUGAUCGUGUC